AUGUUUAACAAUUACAAUAACCCUUACUCGUCUACGAUCUCGGUCGACCCUAUCCCCAAGCGUGGCCACAAGCGACGAGCCAGCCGUAACCCGUCUCCGGAAAGAGGUUGCUCUCCUUUUUCUGUGAACUUCGGGCUGCCAGAGGAGGCUCGAGAAGUGGCCCUCGCCCUAUCGCAAGAAAGGGUUCGUCUAAGCAAGAUCUCCACCGAGGAGUUAUCUGGUGGAACUUCCUCACCUAGCGCACAAUCCUACUCCUCGAAGCGACAGAGGCCUUCCGUUAUUGAUGCCCACUUAGAGCCACCACUUCCUACAUACUUUCCUACCAGCAGAAGCAGCUUAACGUACGAUCCUAUUCGCUCUCUCGAUCGUCCGCUCCCACAAGCCUCAACCAAGAGCACAUUCCCUGUCGAUUCGUAUUUCAGCUUUCCCAAGCCCCCUAUAACUCCAACUCAAGUUAUUCAUCUGGGCGAAAAAGCUGUCUGGAACAAGAGACCAGGAGAGAGGCCAGGCGCCGCCAAAAGCGCCGCCGACCCUGUAAUCUCUCCGCACAAUCCAUUAUCUGGUUCCCUGCAGGCAGAGAGGGAAUCAGUGAAAUGCCUAAACCAGAAGCCCGGAGCAAGUUCUGCUCUAGGUGCUAGUGGAGUAUCUGGGCUUCGGCGUCCAGAUAAUGCAACAAUGAAAAGACUGCUAGGAGGGUCGACGGCAGCUAAACGGCAGACACUCGUUCCGUCUGCGCAUUCGGUGCCAGUCCACAAGAAAGAUGGCGACAGGGCAAGAAAAAAUGAAAUACUAUGGUCGCCGCAUUACAUCAAUGAAGCCAGAACACACUACUCCGGAGGACCUGGGAUCAAAGCGCGAAAAUUCAAUGACCCAUGGCAGGGUCCUACCCCUGCGAGCGCACCUGAUACCAAGUUGAUGGCCAGCAGGGACUUUGGUGGACUAGAGAGUCAUCGUCGUCGUCGAUACAAUGCGGAAUACCCUGCCAGCCUCCGCUACGUGGAGGAGGUCCAGGACAUGUCUCCGGACGACUUUCUGUCAAAGUCUCCCGAUGACUAUAGUAUACCGGUUAUCUCGAUUAUGAAUAACACAAUAUCAGAGCGAGCUCCUUCAGUCAUGUCAGAACUCCUGUCAAAGCCCCUGUCUCAGAGCAUUCCAAAUGACGUACCCUGCGAGGACUUUGCUACGUUUCGUAUGGACAGUCCGGGCAAUCAUAGAUCGAUCGCUUUGGAGGCAGGCCGGCGCGUGAAUGGACGGCGGCACAUUCUUACAGAUUGCAAGUACACGAUAUCGCAAGACCUGACCGACAGCCACGCUUCAGCGCUAGUCCUCUUAUAUGCUCUCGCAGAGCGCAAGCCCACACGAAAGCGUCCGCCCGAGUCAAAGAAAUUCGGCCUACAGGGGCUGUCGCAAAGGCAAGUUUCUAUGCGUAUGUCUACGCCUAUUCCUAUACCACGCCACCGGGAUCUCAGUCUGAGUAAAGAAAAACCUCGGUAUUCUUCGCUAUCCGAACAAGUCAUGGCACAGCGCAGUCAUUAG